CUUCAGACCAGACAGUGUGUUGUUCAACUGCAAUAUGAGUCUGUCACUCAACUUACUCUCCGCCCACAGUGUUCUGGUCCUAUGCACCAUUUAUUAAGACUGAGAAGCAUUUGUCACAGAGCACAGCUCCUGACUUUACAGAGCAGCAGAGAUGAACGAGCAAAAAGUCACCUAUGCAGAGCUGAAGCUGCCAGGGGUCUCAAAAAGACCGCAAGUGAAUCCUAAAAAGAGUAAAAUCUCAACUACUGGAACGGAGCAGGGAGUAACCUACGCAGAAUUAAGUCUUCACAAUGCUGCUCGGGAUCCUCAGGAGAAUGGCAAGUCCUGUCACCUCAAAGGCUUAGCAGCACCUCCAGAGAAGUGCGUUGCUGGGAUCUUGGGACUCACCUGCCUUGUCUUGAUAGGCAUUAUUGUGCCCGUGUGGGUUGACACCCGUAGAUCUACUGAAGAACAAGAGAAGAAUGAUUCCUCCGCAGUAACAAACAUCCAGAAAGCAUGUCAUUGUGGCCCUUGUCCAAAGGGGUGGUUUAAGUACUCCAACAACUGCUAUUACUUUAGCGCUGAAAAAAAAACCUGGAAGGAGAGCGUGACAGCCUGUCAGAGUAACAACUCUCAGCUGCUCUACAUAGACACUGAGGAAGAAAUGAAAUUGAUGAACUCCAUAUCAGUGUUUUCAUGGAUUGGAGUCUACCGUAACAGCAGCAGUGACCCAUGGAUAUUUGUAAAUGGGUCAACUUCCCAUUUAGAGAUAAGAAAACCAGCAUUUUCUAACUACCACUGUGUUAUGCUACAAUCUAAAUAUUAUGCAGAUAAUUGUGAAGUUCUAAAGAUGUAUUAUUGCAAGCAUAAGAUUUAAAUUAAAAUAAAAAAUGUAAGUUUGGAUUUGUUUGCAUACUUUUCCAUUCAAGAAAUAAUUCUUAUUAUUCAUAAUAUGUUUUUGUUCUAGUGGCAUUUUUCUAAAAUAAUUACUGAAAUACACUAUGUUCAGCCAGAGUACAGAUAGUAUUACUUUAGUGCCUGAACUUUUUUGCGGUGUUCAACCUUCAAAAAGAUCAUUUGUGGGCCUCCCUGGUGGCACAGGGGUUAAAAACAAUGCUAUCAAGCUAUCACCAGCCACUGCAGCAUGAGUUGGAUCCCCAUGGACCAGUGAAAAUCCACAUGGCACAGCAGACCUCUCCUGUCAUGCUCGUUGCUCCCCUUAGCAGUGCAUUUCACUAGAUCUGCCUGUUCUGCUCCCCCCUCCAUCUGUGGUGAAUCCCCUCACCUCCUGCAACUCUGGCCUACAGCCCAGUUCUUUUAUGCAUAAAUAAAUAAGUCUUUAAAAAAAUCAUUUGUUGUGUGAGUCCAGUUAUAAGUGACGGCAAAUUCACUUUCAUACAGCAUGUGGAUUGGGGGUUGCCGGGGUCUGAGGGGAGGUGGUAUGAGGAACUGGCCACUGAUUAGUUCUCUGUUUCUUUUUGAAGUGAUGGAACUUUUUUAGUGCUAAGAAUAGUGAUGUUUGCAAACUCUGAACGUGUUAAAUGUCUUUGAUUUAUUUACUUUA